AUUUGAUAAUGGUUUUGAUACAAUGAUAUGCUCAUUCUCUAGUUGGCUUGUAGAGUGUUUAACGGUUAAUUCAAUGUUUCUAUUUGAUCAGUUUCUUGUUUAAAUUGUUCUUUCAGGUCAAAAAUCCAUAUCAUGUCUCUAAGUCCUGUAAUAUGAGUUUAUGCUGAAGCGAAGGACACUAUUUUGAUACUUGGUUUUGAAAAGAAUGGACAGUCGAAGACAUUCCGUUGAUAUACCAAUCUCAAGAACCCUAAUAGCACUUAGGAGAGUGAGGUCAUUAAGGGAUCCAUCCACUAAUUCCAUGAGCAAAUUUUCUUCAUUGUUUGACAAUGUCAAGUGGGAAACGAAUUCAAGCAAUGGGAUUUCUUUGCAAUUAGUGAACGGUUGCACGGAAACCGGUUCCGAGCGAAAUGAAUUUAGAGGUCCAGAGUGUUACGGAUUUAACGAACGAGGAGAGGAUCAAGGCUACGAUUUCGGGCUGCAUUCUGUUCCUGAAGACUCUAACUCUAAGUUGAUCAUAUGUGAGAAUGCGGCGAAGGUUGGGAACAGGGCUGGAAAAGCCGAUGAGUUGGAUGAUUGUAAUGGUGAUUCUACAAAUUAUGGAGUAAACAAGGAAGAGGUCCAAAAAUACAGUCCCUUGGGUGAAAGAUAUGAUAGCAAUUUUAGUGUUAAACGUACGAGCUUAAUAUGUAUGGCACCUAGUUGUAAUUCUAUGGAUGAUUUAUCUUCUAGCAGUGAGCCUGUUAUAAGAUCCUUACCGGUGGAUAGAAUUAACCACUGCGAUUUGAAAGCAAAAUGUCAAUCUAGGAAUCAAGUGAAAUCAUACGGGGCUAAUGGUGAUGUUGCGAGCCCUUCUAUUGAUGCUAUUUCUAAUUAUAGUACCUCGUUGUACAUAGAUGAAAAUGUUGACACUGCAGAUCUGAACCACCGUGGAUGUGGAAUAAGCUGCUGUUGGUCGAAAACUCCAAGGCUUAGAGAAUCGAAUCCUUCAUCCGAUUUUGAAGACUUCCCUUUGUUGUCAUCAGAUACGGGUGAGACAACUCUUUUUGGGCAGAGCUUUUGGAAAUGCAUUAAUGGUGAAAUCAACCCGUAUUCUGAUACUCCUAGGAGCUUAGGCCAAAAGUUCAAGCCAAAGUCUUUUGAUGAAUUGGUAGGACAAAGUGUUGUUGUGAGGUCUCUUUUGAGCGUAAUAACUAAAGGAAGGGUAGCCUCUUUUUACCUCUUCUAUGGUCCUCGUGGCACGGGGAAGACUUGUGCCUCAUGGAUUUUUGCUGCUGCUUUGAAUUGUCUCUCACUCGAGGAGCAUAAACCAUGUGGUCGAUGUCGGGAAUGUAUCAUGUUCUUUUCUGGAAGGAGCAGAGAUGUCAAGGAGGUUGAUUCAUUGAGAAUCAAUCGCUCUGAUAGGUUGAGGUCCCUCGUUAAGAAUGCAGUUUCCCUUCCGGUUUUCUCACGGUUCAAGAUUUUCAUUAUCGAUGAGUGUCAGUUACUGCACGGUGAAACAUGGGCGACUGUUUUAAACAGCCUAGAGAAACUUUCUCAGCAUGUUGUUUUCAUUAUGAGUACACCCGAACUUGAUAUGCUGCCAAGAAGUGCGGUUUCUCGGGCACAGAAAUAUCACUUUCCUAAGAUAAAAGAUUCCGAUAUUUCAAACAGGCUGGAGAAAAUAUGUGUUGAAGAACGUCUUGACUAUGAUCAGGCUGCUUUAGGCUUCAUUGCUGCUAAAUCCAAUGGCUCGUUAAGGGAUGCAGAGAUGAUGCUCGAUCAGUUGAGUUUGCUCGGUAAAAAGAUCACAAUGUUCUUAACCCAUGAGCUCAUUGGAACUGUUUCGGAUGAUGAAUUGCUUGAUUUGCUGGAUCUGGCUUUAUCUUGUGACACUUCAAAAACAGUAAUACGGGCCCGGGAGAUAAUGAGGUCGAAAAUUGAUCCUAUGCAACUUAUAUCACAGCUAGCAAAUCUCAUUAUGGACAUUCUUGCUGGGAAAUGUGAGGAAGGUAGCUCAGAAGCCAGAAGAAAGUUUUUUGAAAACCAUACUUCUGAAUCGAGCUUGUUGAAGUUAAGCCAUGCACUUAGAGCACUAUCAGAAACGGAAAAGCAUUUGAGAGUGUCAAAGAAUCAAACAACUUGGCUCACUGUUGCUCUUCUGCAAUUAAGCUCAAUGGAAUCCAACUUUAUGGAUGCAAACGAUUCGAAUUUAUGUUUGCUAAAUGCUCAACACAAAGAUAGUGAUUCUAACAGCACAUCAUCUACUGGGGAGAGGUCAAAUCAUCCUUUCAUUUGUAUGUGUAAUGGCAUCAACUCAUCUAAACUGGCAAAGCGGGAUGGUUCCGAGAGAAGUCUGGAAUCUAUAUGGAACAAAGCAACCGAAUUAUGCAAAUCUGGUUCACUUAAAAAAUUUCUGAGGAAACGAGGGAAGUUGUCUUCUCUUCAUUUUAAUCAAGGUCUGGCUAUUGCCGAACUGGAAUUCUACCAUCCUAAUCAUGUAUCAAGGGCUGAAAAAUCAUGGAAACAUAUUGCAAGUUCACUUCAGUUGAUCGUGGGCUCAAACGUGGAGAUUCGGAUUAAUCUUUUGGUCCCCGAUCAAUUAUCGAAGGGUAAAGUAAGGAAACCAUCUUUUAGUUUGUUUAGUUGUUCGCGCAGGCUGCGUCUGAAGUCAAGUUCAUCUACGAAAUGUGGGAGUGAUUCCGAAGUUUCACAAUAUGCUUCGGAGAAACCUAUGAUAAGUGACCGACAUAGACCAAUUUUAACUUGUCACUCUGAUAAUGGAUCUGAAAUACCUCGUAUCAGUUCUCAUGGAUUGGAAGUGGUUCGGGCUUUCAGAAAUAGUGGAGGGAACAUACUGAGCACAGGGGCAACCCCAUCUUGUGCAUCGUUUCGAAAUGAUAUGUCUCAGGCUCCGGCAUAUAUAAAUGAUUUCUUGAAAGGAGAAGGAAGGGACUGUGGAUGUCAGAAUCAUUCUGUUCAAGAGCCGGAGUAUCAGUCCAACUGUUUCCCUAUAGCAUUGAGGUCUCAAAAGAAGUUGCAUUUGUCUAACACGGCUAAAACGACUUCGAAGACGAGCCAAGAAGAAAACAAACUCGCGUUAUCUAUUCCCGGGGUUUGGUCUAACGAUCCCUAUGUUUUCUACAGCUCUGAUAACGAAGAUAGAUUGAGGGAGAACUCUGAGGUACUUUGCGGGAGAACCCCUACUAUUCCUUUAAAGAAGGCCUAGCAGCUAACUUAUAACUGUCGAAGUCGCAAGCUGCCACACAUUGCAGAUUGGGUUCUUCCUUGCUCGAUUGCCGAGUAAGUUUAUAGAGGAUUCUGACAAGCUUCAAAGUAGCCAGUCAAUUUUGUAAGUAUAUAAAUCUAACAUAAAAAACAGAUGUUGAUGUCAGGUGUUAGAAGUUAAAACAUGGACAUGGCAGUCCUAUGUAUAGUCGAAG